CUUACAUUCAUUCUUCACUAAAGACAACAAUAUGCAGCCACAGAUAAUUCUUCUGAAGGAGGGUACAGACACCUCACAAGGUGUACCUCAAAUUGUCAGUAACAUAAAUGCUUGUCAGGCGAUUGCUGAUGCAGUACGUACCACACUUGGUCCAAGGGGGAUGGACAAACUCAUUAUUGAUGAUAAGGGUAAAGCUACUAUAUCAAAUGAUGGAGCUACAAUUCUGAAGACAUUAGAUAUUGUCCAUCCUGCAGCCAAGACAUUGGUAGACAUAGCUAAAUCACAGGAUGCUGAGGUAGGUGAUGGAACUACCUCAGUCACAUUGUUAGCUGGUGAGUUCCUUAAAGAAGCCAAGCCAUUUAUAGAAGAGGCGGUUCAUCCACAGAUCAUAAUCAAAGCUUUUAGAAAGGCAGCAACAGAGGCUGUUAAGAAAAUCAGAGAAAUAUCUAUGAGGAUCAACAAAAGUGAUCCAAAGGAAAUGAGACAGUUAUUAGAGAAAUGUGCUGCCACUUCAUUGAGUUCUAAACUGGUUGCUCAUCAGAAAGAUUUCUUCACAAAGAUGGUAGUUGAUGCUGUUAUGUUAUUGGAUGAGUUACUUCCCCUUAACAUGAUUGGUGUGAAGAAAGUUACUGGUGGAGGUCUUGAGGAUUCUGUAUUAAUAGCAGGAGUAGCAUUUAAGAAAACCUUCAGUUAUGCUGGAUUUGAAAUGCAGCCAAAGAAAUACACCAAACCUAAAAUAGCACUUUUAAAUAUAGAAUUGGAACUGAAAGCUGAGAGAGAUAAUGCAGAAGUUAGAGUUGAUUCUGUAGAGGAAUACCAGUCCAUAGUGGAUGCUGAAUGGAAGAUAUUAUAUGAUAAACUUGAUAUCUUACACAAGAGUGGAGCUAAAGUUGUUUUAUCUAAGUUGCCUAUUGGAGAUGUUGCCACGCAGUAUUUUGCAGAUAGAGAUAUGUUUUGUGCUGGACGAGUGGUAGAAGAAGAUCUGAAGAGGACAAUGAAAGCUUGUGGUGGCUCUAUACAAACAACAGUUCAGAAUCUGUCACCAGAUGUGUUAGGUACCUGUGAUAUAUUUGAAGAAAUCCAAAUUGGUGGGGAAAGGUAUAAUUUAUUUACGGGUUGUCCACAAGCUAGAACAUGUACAAUUAUUCUUCGUGGUGGAGCAGAACAGUUUAUAGAGGAAACAGAGAGAUCGUUACAUGAUGCUAUAAUGAUUGUAAGAAGAACCAUGAAGAAUGAUGCCGUUGUCGCAGGUGGAGGCGCAAUAGAGAUGGAAUUAAGUAAAUACUUGAGGAACUUAUCAAGAAAUAUAGCUGGUAAAGAACAGUUAUUAAUGGGGGCCAUGGCUAAAGCUUUAGAGAUCAUUCCUCGACAGUUAUGUGAAAAUGCUGGCUUUGAUGCUACAAAUAUACUCAACAAAUUACGCCAGAGACAUGCACAAGGUGGUAUCUGGUAUGGUGUAGAUGUACUUAAUGAAGAUAUUGCUGACAAUUUUGAGAAUUGUGUAUGGGAACCAGCAGUGGUUAAAAUAAAUGCCAUCACAGCUGCUGCAGAAGCAAGUUGUCUCAUUCUUUCUGUUGAUGAAACUGUUAAAAAUCCAAAAGCUCAACAAGACGGACCCCCAGGCGGUGGAAUGGGAAGAGGUCGAGGACGACCUAUGUGAUCUAGAUUUAUACUUUAUUUAUUUGUAUAUUUAUGUGUCUCUGAACAAAUUACCCUCCAUGAAGAUUAUCUUUUUGUCGCUGCAUUUUGUGCUUUGUAUUUUCAUAUCAUAAUGAUUGUACUAAAAAAUAAUGUGAAUACAAUUUUUAUACAACA